AUACUAGCAAUGAUGUUAGCAUUAGUGAGGAUGAUGGAGAUAAUGAUUUUGUAUUAGGAAUUUGGGUCCGAGAUAUUACCCAUAAAUUUCAAGGAUGUCCCGAAACCGAAAAAUGCCACGACUGCUAUUCUC